GCAGAGUCCUUCUGCUUGAUACCAUCUUCUCGUCCACGGCUUGGAGGAAAAGAAAAAAAGAAAGGAAAAAAAAGAACAGAUCUAUUAGAUAUAUUUAUAUAUUAUAUACAUUCGUCGGGAGAGGAGGAACAGUGCAGUGCAUCCUUUUGCUGACGAGUGGAGAUGAGUGAAUAAGAUCCAGGGGGGUGGUGGUGGUGCUGCUGGUGGAAGUUCAAGUCGAGCGUGCGCUAUACGUCUCAAGGAGGAAGCGCGCGCGACGAACGGCGAGAGGCGCCUUAAUUAACCCGAAGCCAAUAAUCCGCAUUACGCGCGCGGACGAAGCCGAAACCGAACCCGAACCUGUGACUGUGCACAGGCUGGCGAGAGUGUGUGUGCGUGUGUGUGUAAGUGUGUGUGAUGAAGAGAGAGAGAGGGAUGCUGUGAGACAUUAAAGCAUCAGCCAAGUCAGCAUGUUACGUGUUUAAGCUAUGGAGCGCGCGCAGGUCGUUAUCUCCACCUCUGAUACACCAGGACCCUCAUCAUAAAUUCUUGGAUUUUUGGAUUUUUUUUUUUUUUGUUUUUUAUUCCUCCAUCAUCGGAAUACAUCCUGCGAGACACACACACACACACACACACACACACACACACACACACACACACACACACAGAGAGAGAGCCUGCAAAGAACCUACUGUGGAUGUGGAAUUUAUCAGAGCUGUCCUGCACCAAAAAAAAAAGGCUGCUUCAUUUGAAGAGAUGGACCCGUCAGAAGAUAAAUUAUGAAUGUUGAACAAGAUGACCUCUUACCAUCAGCACCAGAUGAUGAGAGGUCCUAGAUGGAAAGGGGCUUGGUUUGACCCCUUAUUCCUCCUGCUCUUGGCUCUGCAGUUGCUCGCCGUGGCGGGAUUAGUAAGAGCCCAGACGUGUCCCUCUGUGUGUUCCUGCAGCAACCAAUUUAGCAAGGUCAUCUGCACACGCAGAGGACUCAGAGAAGUCCCUGAUGGAAUCUCGACCAACACGCGCUACCUGAACCUUCAGGACAAUCUUAUCCAGGUCAUCAAGGUGGACAGUUUCAAGCACCUACGGCACCUAGAGAUCCUCCAGCUGAGCAAAAAUCACAUCCGCAACAUCGAAAUUGGCGCUUUCAAUGGGCUGACCAGCCUUAACACCCUAGAGCUCUUUGACAAUCGCCUCACAACCAUCCCAAAUGGAGCUUUUGAGUAUCUCUCCAAGCUCAAAGAGCUCUGGCUUAGGAAUAACCCAAUUGAGAGCAUCCCUUCUUAUGCUUUCAACCGUUUACCGUCCUUAAGAAGGCUGGACUUGGGGGAGCUCAAGCGUCUCUCCUAUAUUUCAGAUGGAGCAUUCGAGGGCUUAAGCAACUUGCGCUACCUGAACAUGGGAAUGUGUAACCUCAAGGAGGUCCCCAACAUUAGGCCCUUAGUUCGCUUGGACGAGCUAGAGAUGUCAGGGAAUCAGCUGACGGUGAUCCAACCUGGUUCGUUCAAGGGUCUUAUCCACCUCCAGAAGCUGUGGAUGAUGCAUUCCCAGAUCCAAACAAUUGAAAGGAACUCGUUUGAUGACCUUCAGUCAUUAAGUGAGCUGAACCUGGCUCACAAUAACCUCACAUUUGUGCCCCAUGACCUUUUCACUCCGUUGCGACAUUUGCAGCGGGUACACCUUCACCACAAUCCCUGGAACUGCAACUGUGACAUUCUGUGGUUAAGCUGGUGGCUAAGGGAAACCGUGCCGACAAACACCAGCUGCUGCGCUCGCUGUAACUCUCCCGCAAGCCUCAAGGGGCGCUACAUAGGCGAGCUGGACCAGAGCUACUUUCAGUGUUAUGCACCGGUCAUUGUUGAGCCCCCUGCAGACCUCAAUGUUACAGAGGGAAUCGCAGUGGAGCUCAAAUGUCGGACGAAUUCUCUGACCUCGGUCAGUUGGCUAACACCAAAUGGCUCCGUUAUGACACAUGGGGCAUACCAGGCCCGUGUCAUUGUGCAAAACGAUGGAACGCUGAACUUCACGAGUGUCACAUCGCACGACACCGGGAACUACACCUGCAUGGUCAGCAACAUGCUGGGAAACAUUUCGGCUUCGGCAGUCCUCAAUGUAACCUCCAUAGACAACAGUGGUGUAAGUUACUUCACCACGGUCACUGUGGAGACCAUCGAGUCUCCGAUCGAUGGCCUGAGCAGGACCCCUGAACAGCCUUCCUUUGGCUGGGUGGCAUCCUCGACUACCAGGGCGACCCCUAUUUCCACUGAGAAAGCCUACACCAUCCCUGUGACAGACGUCGAUGAGGGAGCUCUCAACGGUUUGGAGGAGGUCAUGAAGACCACCAAGAUCAUCAUCGGCUGCUUCGUGGCCAUCACGCUCAUGGCCGCCGUCAUGCUCAUCAUAUUCUACAAGAUGAGAAAGCAGCACCACCAGCAAGAUCACAACGGGCCGGCUCGCACAAUGGAGCUCAUUACGGUGGACGACGAACUGACAGCGGUUCCAGCUUUGGAGAGUCUCAGUCUUCCUCCGCUGGAGCACGAGCACUACAACCAUUACAACGCCUACAAGAGCGCUUACAACCAUGCCUCAACCCUUGGCUCGCUGCACAGUUCUGCGCAUGAACCUUUACUAAUCCAAGCCAGCUCGAAAGACAACGUGCAAGAGACGCAAAUUUGAGUUGUCUCGCUUUCGAGCAGGAAAACGUAGAUCUGUACAAACAGUGCGAUUGGCUUCGGUGGCAGACGCGUCGUCUCGAUGAAGAUGGAUAUGUCACUGAGGAUGUAUGUAUUAUUUCAACAAAUGUGUUUACAAGCAAAGAUUAUUUAUUUAAAAAAAAAAAAAAAGUGUCUAGUGGCUGAAAAAAACAAGAAAAAAAAAGCGUUCAUAUCAUUUUCCUCCUCCUAAUUUUUGAAAUUUGGGAUUUAAUGGAUGAAUGGUCUGCUGAAAAACAAUGCCCUUGUGAAUUCAAGGUAGCAAAUCGACAUGCUUUCGGCAGCCUCCUGCGAAAAAACCAUGAGCUAUUACAGUCCGUUCAUAAUAACAGCAUAUCCGUUGUAUCUGUGGGCAUGCUUGCAGCAUUUCACAUUAUCUUUUUUUUACAUUUUAAAGAAAUAAACACAAAAGAUGGCCACUGAAGACUGUAAAUAACGUAAUCUGGUGGAAGUGCAAAAUUUCUGAGAAGACAAAAUCAAUCGCUUCUAUUUCCCACCAUGCAAUCAUACUGCAUAUCGCGCAGCGGCGCAAAAGAAUACAAUACAAUGGUCUGAGAUGAGUGUAUACAGGUAGAAAGAUGAGUAAUUAUCGGAUAAAGCGCUGAAUCAUCGCCUCUUCAAAAUGGGUUACAGGUACGGCUUUGAUAUCUGGAUCCAUUUAAUUGACCCUCCGUAGGCUUUUGGAAAUUCAAUUUCAGGCCAUUUUUCAACCAUCUCAACCUAAACUUGCUUUUCAUCGUUUCGUUCUAGGUCACGUUGUUGGAAAUCCAGUGGGUGGUCAGAUCAAAUGAAAAACAAAUCUAUCAUCUAAAAAAAAAAAAAAAAAAAAAAAGAAUCUUCCACUAUUAUUCCCAGUGCUGUUAUAGUACAUGUUAUGAGAAAGGAGUUUCUCGUAGUUUGUGUUUGGUGUGUAUGUGUGCAUUUUAUUUCUAUCAAUUUAAAAAAAAAACAAUAUGAAUUGCUAUUCAAUUAACAGCAUUUUCAAUUUGCUCGUCCCGAUGCUCUGCUGCUCAUCAGAGCCAAAAUGGUAAUGAUAUGAAUCGAUUUAUAAUUUACUGUAUGGACAAAAGUCUGUGGACACCUGAUCAUAGGAUUAUAAGUAUGUGCUUUUUGAAAGCAUCCAAUUCCACAUUUACUUCUUGUUAUUUCAAUAAAAAUAAAAAAUCCACUCUUCUGGGAAGAUUGUGCACAAGAUUUUAAGGAAAUGUGAGGAUGUUAGUAAAGUCAGGUACAUAUGUAAGGUGCAGUAAAAAAGGGUCUGAGGUGCAGUAAGCGUUCACAUUCAUUGUUCAAUAGGGUUGAGUUCAGAGCUCAACAGGAGAUCUUCCACUCCAACCCACAUACACAAUAUCUUCAUGGAGCUGGCUUAGUGCAUCAUUAUGCUGGAACGGGUUUGGUCUCCUAGUUCAUGCUUCCAUAUCAAAAGACAUCCACAGCAAUUGUAUCUCCAACUUUGAAUUACAUAUGUCUGGAAAAGUCGGGUGUCCAAAUACUUUUGCCGAUAUAAUGUAUGAGUGUGUUUCUUUAAAAUAUUCACAGCAUAUUUAAAUGUCCAUUUCAUUAUCAAAUAACUUCGAAGCGCGACCACGAAGAACUGAUAAAAAAGAGAUUAAAGACGAGGUCUUCACUUUGCCAGAUUGGAGGAUUUUUUUUUUUUUUUUUUUUUUCGUAUUUAACUGUAAAAACAAACGAUCCAAGAAUAUUUCAAGAGUCUACCUUCAUACAAAGCAAAAAAAAAUAAAUUGAAUAAAGCAGGUUACAGGAUCUUGAUUUGAAGUUAUUCAUUCUAUUCGUUUUCAACUGGAAUCGACUGCUCAGAAAAGCGAUAAAGACAUCCUGAAUUUUCUCAUGUGUACUAUAUAUAUAUUGAGUCCCACACUUAUUUACGGUAUAUACUGUACCUGUUUGUUCAUGGCUUUUACUCUUAGUUCUAUCGGAGUCUGAAUUCACUGCAGGGUUUAUAAGGAUUCAUGUAUGAUGAUGAAACGAAAGAGAAACCCACUGCGUUGACGUCAAUUUGUUUUUCUUUUGGCUCAAAUAGGACUUUCAGUCAUUGUGUACAGUAAAGAACUAUACUUUGUCCAUUCAAUUAAAAAGAGCGACGAGUGACUUUCAUCAACCUGGUCCAGUGAUCACCUCACAUGACCAGCAUUGUCGACUCCCGAGUCUAAACCACCGUGACAUACGUGACUCUCACCGUGUAUCUAUGGCAUUAAGCUGAUUUUUUUUUCUUCUUGGUUAUGUUUUGUUGUGGUGAUUUGUUUGUUCUUGGUAACUCAUUUUAGAUUUCUAUAAGAAGAAUUGAAGAAUCCUGGUAUCUCCCUCUCUGUUUUUCUUUUUGUUUGACUUGCUUCUCCAGAAGAAGAUUUCUAUACGGACUGUUUAAACAGCAACGUGUCAAAGUCCAACAUUGACACAUGCGGCUCGGUCGAUGAUAUUCUUGCCAUAUGCUUAAUUGAGAGUUAACUAUUGAAACAAAAACACACAUUUAUUAAUACCAGAGAUUGUAGUUCAUACAGUACAUGCUGUCGAUGUAAAUAAA